AUGGUAAGAAAUUUAAAGAAUAGAAUUGAAAAGGUGGGAGAGGAGAAUAAAUUAUUUAUUGUUGCCCUUGCCUUGUGCGCCAGCGCUUAUGCUGAUGUAUCGGAAUUAGGUUAUAAAUAUCAACAACCUGCUGUAGCUCCAGUACGUCAAUACACCGCUCCUGCUCCAGUUCAGCAGUAUUCUGUCCCAGCUCCCGUGCAACAACACAGUGUUCCUGCUGUAGCCCGUGUACAACAAUACACCGCUCCUGCUCCAGUUCAGCAGUAUUCUGUCCCAGAUCCCGUGCAACAGCACAGUGUUCCUGCUGUAGCCCGUGUACAACACUACUCAGCUCCAGCUCCAGUUCAACACUACUCAGCUCCUGCUGCAGCUCCAGUUCAACACUAUUCUGCUCCUGCUCCCGUCCAACACUACUCAGCCCCUGCUGCAGCUCCAGUUCAACAAUAUUCCGCUCCUGCCCCAGUCCAACACUACUCAGCCCCUGUUGCAGCUCCAGUGCAAAAAUAUAGCCCUCCUGCCCCAGCACAACAUUACUCAUACUCCGCUCCUGUAACAGCUCCCGUUCAACAACACCCUGUCUCUGUUCAAGCUCCAGUCCAACAUCAAACCGUUCACAUACCCGCUCCAGUACAACAACACUCUGUUACUGCACCAGUACAACAAUAUUCGGUGCCCGCCCCAGCUCCAGUACAAAAAUAUUCCGUCCCUGUUCAGUCACAUGUAGCUGCUACAACUCCAGUCGGUCAAUAUUCGUACCCUGCACCCGCACCAGUACAAACAUUCACUGCUCCUGCUCCAGUUUCUCAAGCUUCAGCUUCAGUUGUACAAGUCGCCGCUCCAGUUGCUGCUGUCUCUCAAUCCUACCAAACCGUGCAAGCUACAUCUGGCCAAACUCAACAAAGUAACCAAGGUUACCACUAUAAGACUGCUCGCCGUGUUGUCUAUAGACGUCGUGUCUAA